UCAAAACAUCUAGUGGAGUCGUUGGCGCUGGUCUGACUGGUUGCGUUCGCUGUCGUCGUAUGGAUUAUUCGGCCGCGUUCACUUAUACACUUAAUAGAUACAUACAUAUAAACACACAUGUGUUUGAUAUCCAGUUGCCGGGUUGUUGUUUUGAUCGUGUGAAUUAACGAGUUAAGCACGGCUUUAUGUGAUCGGAAAUCUCGGGCGAGGGGGCUUUUUUGCUUUUACAUUACUUUUACUUUUCCAUAUGUAAACUGUUCUUAAAGUAAUACCAAUCAGCAUACAUACCUACAAAAAUAUACAUACUUCAAACUUAAACCAAAGAUAUGACCAAAGUAUUGAUAUCCUUUCUGGUGCUAUGCGUUGUGGCAUUACAACAGUCACUUGCUAAUCCCAUCGAUGGAAAAGCAUUUGUUGCCACUGAGUUCCUGGUGUUGCACAAUAAUGAUAUGCACGCACGUUUCGAGCAGACGAAUGUGAAUGGCGGCAAGUGUCUGACAGAGGACGCUGACUCCGAUAAAUGUUAUGGCGGCUUCGCGCGAGUAGCGCACGAGGUGCGCAAAUUUCGCGAAGAAGCAGCAAAGGGUGGCCAAUCGGUGAUAUAUUUGAACGCUGGUGACACAUACACAGGCACACCGUGGUUCGCCGUCUUUAAGGACAAUAUAAGCGCUGCGUUCCUGAACAAGUUGCAACCGGAUGCGAUUUCACUGGGCAAUCAUGAGUUUGAUGAAAAAGUUGAGGGUUUGAUGCCAUUCCUGGAAAAUGUUAACUUCCCGGUUCUAACUUGUAAUUUGGAUUUGAGCAAAGUACCGGAAAUGAGUGCGGCCAAACAUUUGAUGAACUCAACUGUACUCACCGUUAACGGCACGAAAGUCGGUGUAAUUGGUUAUUUGACACCAGACACCAAAUUUCUCAUAACACCCAAUACUCUUGAAUUUAAAGACGAAAUCGAGUGUAUCAACGAAGAGGCUUCAAAAAUGAAGGCCGAAGGUAUAAAUAUCAUCAUUGCAUUGGGUCAUUCAGGUUACCAACGGGAUCAGGAAAUAGCGGCCAGUUGUCCUGAAGUUGAUGUGGUCAUUGGUGGCCACUCUCACUCAUUUUUAUAUACUGGCACAGAGCCCGAUGUGGAGCGCAGUGAGGGUCCUUACCCGACAGUUGUAAAGCAAAAAAGUGGCAAAGAGGUGCCAGUGGUGCAAGCGUACGCCUACACAAAAUAUUUGGGAAAGCUUCAUUUGCAGUUUGACAAAGACGGAAAUCUCAUUGAGUUUGAUGGCACCCCCAUUUUGUUAAAUGCCUCCGUGGAACGAGAGAGCGAUGUGUUAGCAUUAUUGGAAGUGUACCGUAAGAACAUCACCGACUUGGAGAACUCUAUAGUGGGUCACACGAAGGUGCAAUUGGAGGGCCGAUCAACCGUCUGCCGCAGUGUCGAAUGCAAUUUGGGAAAUUUAAUAGCCGAUUCUAUGAUUUACGCACGAGUAGUUGAAGAUCAGGGUGGCGCUUUCUGGACUGACGCCCCAAUUGCAAUCGUCAAUGGGGGUGGUAUACGUUCUGGCAUCGAUAAACGCUCAGAUGGUUCAAUUACUGAAACUGACGUAUUAUCGGUAUUACCGUUCGGGAACGAUUUAUACGUUGUUCGUACAUCUGGCAAACAAUUGCGAUCUUCCCUUGAGUUGUCCGCCACUAAGCGUACCAAAGACUCCAGUGGUGGUUUUCUACAGUUUUCCGGCCUGCGAGUUACGUACGAUUAUCAUAAUGAGCAGGGAAAUCGUGUAACCUCGGUGGAGGUACGCUGCGGUCAAUGUGAAGUACCCGAUUAUGAACCGUUGGACGAGUCGAAAACGUAUAAUAUUAUAAUAACUCAAUUUUUGAAAGAUGGUGGUGAUGAGCAUAACUUUGUUGAGAAUGGUACAGUGCCUGUACUCAUGAAAUGGAAGGACAAGGAGGCACUGGUUGAAUAUUUGAAACAUCGGGACUACGUAUAUCCAGAAUUAGAGGGACGUAUUGCAGUAAUUGAGUCAACAAACUCAGGCGCUUCAGUUAUGGUAUCUAUUAAAUAUCUAACUCUUGCCAGCACGUUGGUAUUUCUUCUGAGCUUCUUGUAUUAAAUGUGUAUUUUAAAAUUAAGCAGGAUUUUUAAAGCAUACAAAAUUAAAUGUAUAUUGAAAAUAAUAUUCUCGUUAAUUAAAGUAAUAAAUAAAUAAUAUUAUGCACAUUUCCGCUUUUGUAAAUGCUUUUAAAUCCAUUUAAUUAAAUUUGUUAUUACAAAGUAAUAUAUAAGAACUUUAGAUUCAAAUUUUAAGGAUAUUUUAUCAUACCACAAAAAAAUAAAUUAAUACGCUUUGUCAAACAUAAUAAAAGAUAAUAAUUAAAUCA